AUGUCUAACAGCAGCUCCAUCACCCAGUUCCUCCUCCUGGCAUUGGCAGACACGCGGGAGCUGCAGCUCUUGCACUUCUGGCUCUUCCUGGGCAUCUACCUGGCUGCCGUCCUGGGCAACGGACUCAUCAUCACCACCGUAGUGUGUGACAAACAUCUCCACACCCCCAUGUACUUCUUCCUCCUCAACCUGUCCCUUCUUGACCUGGGCUCCAUUUCUACCAUUGUCCCCAAAGCCAUGGCCAAUUCCCUGUGGGAAACCAGGGCCAUCUCCUAUGCAGGAUGUGCUGCCCAAGCUUUUCUCUUUUUAUUUUUCAUUUCAACUGAGUAUUUUCUCCUCACUGUCAUGGCCUAUGACCGCUACGUGGCCAUCUGCCAGCCCCUGCACUACGGGACCCUGCUGGGCAGCAGAGCUUGUGUCCACAUGGCAGCUGUUGUCUGGGGUAGUGAUGUUCUCUAUGCUGCGCUGCACACGGCCAAUACUUUUUCACUGCCGCUCUGCCACGGCAAUGCCCUGGGACAGUUCUUCUGUGAAAUCCCACAGAUCCUCAAGCUCUCCUGCUCACACACCUACCUCAGGGAAGCGGGGCUUAUUGUGGUUAGUGCCUUCAUAGCAUUUGGCUGUUUUGUUUCCAUCAUGCUGUCCUACGUUCAGAUCUUCAGGGCUGUGCUGAGGAUCCCCUCUGAGCAGGGACGGCACAAAGCCUUUUCCACGUGCCUCCCUCACCUGGCCGUGGUCUCCCUCUUUCUCAGCACUGGCACAUUUGCCUACCUGAAACCCCCCUCCGUCUCCGCCAAAUCUCUGGACUUGGCGGUCUCAGUCCUGUACUCGUUGGUGCCUCCAGCAGUGAACCCCCUCAUCUACAGCAUGAGGAACCAGGAGCUGAAGGGUGCAAUGUGCAAAAUGAUAACUGGAUGUCCCUGUGUUCAGAAACAGAAGAUGUCUAACAGCAGCUCCAUCACCCAGUUCCUCCUCCUGGCAUUGGCAGACACGCGGGAGCUGCAGCUCUUGCACUUCUGGCUCUUCCUGGGCAUCUACCUGGCUGCCGUCCUGGGCAACGGACUCAUCAUCACCACCGUAGUGUGUGACAAACAUCUCCACACCCCCAUGUACUUCUUCCUCCUCAACCUGUCCCUUCUUGACCUGGGCUCCAUUUCUACCAUUGUCCCCAAAGCCAUGGCCAAUUCCCUGUGGGAAACCAGGGCCAUCUCCUAUGCAGGAUGUGCUGCCCAAGCUUUUCUCUUUUUAUUUUUCAUUUCAACUGAGUAUUUUCUCCUCACUGUCAUGGCCUAUGACCGCUACGUGGCCAUCUGCCAGCCCCUGCACUACGGGACCCUGCUGGGCAGCAGAGCUUGUGUCCACAUGGCAGCUGUUGUCUGGGGUAGUGAUGUUCUCUAUGCUGCGCUGCACACGGCCAAUACUUUCUCACUGCCACUCUGCCACGGCAAUGCCCUGGGACAGUUCUUCUGUGAAAUCCCACAGAUCCUCAAGCUCUCCUGCUCACACACCUACCUCAGGGAAGUGGGGCUUAUUGUGGUUAGUGCCUUCAUAGCAUUUGGCUGUUUUGUUUCCAUCAUGCUGUCCUACGUUCAGAUCUUCAGGGCUGUGCUGAGGAUCCCCUCUGAGCAGGGACGGCACAAAGCCUUUUCCACGUGCCUCCCUCACCUGGCCGUGGUCUCCCUCUUUCUCAGCACUGGCACAUUUGCCUACCUGAAACCCCCCUCCGUCUCCUCCAAAUCUCUGGACUUGGCGGUCUCAGUCCUGUACUCGUUGGUGCCUCCAGCAGUGAACCCCCUCAUCUACAGCAUGAGGAACCAGGAGCUGAAGGACGCACUGAAGAAGCUGAUGACAUCAUGUGUGUUUAACAUUCCAUCUAUGACAAUCAUGGUUUUACUUCAAUGUAUUUCCUCACUCCCCUUCCCCAAAAGCACGAACCCAGCCUCCCUGACCCAGAGGCCUUUGUACAUGCGCCAGGGAGGAUGGUCCUAA